AUGACCAGAUCGACUUGGCUAUAUAUAUGAAUAUACUUUAUAUAAUCGCAAAUGUUCUCCUUAUUAACUGAGUGUUGAUCAAAGAAAUACUAAUUGCCGCCGUGGUCUUUCUCAAGAGGUGGUGUGACAGAGUGAACUGGUUAAAACUGGUUCCACUGAACCAUCUACAGCAAUAUGUUUUUCACCGCGCAUCCUCCGACAAAUCGUAGAGCACCACCACCAUGCGGGCAAAAAGAACAAGAACCUCCAACUGGACUACUACAUUGUCGAACGCACAGUUUAUAGAAGUGUAUGUUCUUGCGGAUUCAGCAGAGAUGUAGAACUGUAAUACUGCAUUCCGAUUUUUAGUAAAUAGCAUUAACGACCAUUUGAGGGUAAAAACAGUGCAAAUGUGCAUGUUCUUCGUUUUUUGGAAGACAUUACAGACUAUUCCACAAAUAUUUGUGACAGUGAAAGAAGCGAAUAUUGGAGCAAGGUCACUCAUACAUAUAACUCCUGUGAGGAAUAAGGACUUAUUGCUGGUUUAAGUACGCUCCAAAAAGAUUGAAAAGAAAAGCAGCCUGCCAUGUCAUGGGAGAGCAUUAAUUCCAAGGAUCUCCUUAGCAUCCCACCAAGCCAGAAUCUGUCUGCAACACGUUUACUUACAUCACCUGAUGGAUCUCGUUACCUAUUGGAAAAUUCAAGCGACUUGUGUCACUUAGAUGAGAGUUUUUCGCGGUUGGCGGGAUAUGGAUCCAGUCCAGACGUAGGAUCACGUUCGGCAUGGGCUAGCCAGGCGCUAUUACGAUCAGGUUCUGUUAUCAGUUGCUUUUUGUCCUGCCAGCAAAGCUUAAGGCAGUACAUAGCUAAACGGAAGAUCGAGCGAGGACGACGGCUAUAUGAACAAAACAAUCAAACGGAGGCCGUACGCACUUGGCGUAGUGCACUGAAAGGGACGUGCCAAAGAGAGGACUGCUUCCAGCUACUAGGAUAUUUGUAUCAGGCACAUAUGGACUGGGGAAAAUUUCGUGAGGCAAUAGAAUUUAGUCAUCAGCAGCUCGGAAUUUCAGAGGAGCUGGAUUCACCAAAUAUGAGAGCCGAGACGUAUUUAAAUCUCAGCAGGGCACACGCCAGCUUGGGAGGUUUAGAGCGAUCGCUGAGUUAUGCCAGGCACUCACUUUACAAUGAGUGCGGCACUAAAUGCAGAAGUGGACUUGUCCAUUUGACGGUUGCACGUGUAUACCUAGAAAUGGGUGGGUUCUCUAGGGCUUUGGAGGGCUUGCAGGGUGCCUACAAAAUUGCUACAGCUAUUGGAGAUCCAUCACUGGAGUUACAAGUGUAUGUCGCGCUUUCUGAGCUUUUCGGACGCCUUCAGGAUAACGAUAAAAGUGCAACAUACGCUUCUAAAGCCUACGACUUAUCACGAUCACUGCAACUGGGUGACCUAAACUCAUGUCACCAUAGAGCAGCUCUAUUGCGAAUGGCAGUUUCUCUCCGAAAGCAGGGUGAGCUUGGAGACGCGCAAGAUUAUUGUAAGGAGGCCACUAAGCUUUCCCUUAUUUCUGGAGACCAGGCGACUUACACGAGAAGUAUUCGCGUCAUGGGCGACAUUUACCGAAAGAAAAUGGACAUGGAUCGUGCAUUCCGGCAAUAUGAACAAGCUAUGGGUACGUCGGCAAGCUUAGGAGAUCGUAUGGCCCAAAUGGAGGCUAUGGAUGGAGCAGCUCGUUGUUUGGAAACACUCCGUCUACAGAACAAGAUCUGCAAUUGCAGACCACUAGAAUUUAACACAAGACUUCUGGAAGUUGCCAGCUCAAUUGGAGCCAAGUUUCUGGUUCGCAAAAUUCGUUGCCGACUGGCAUUGAUCUACCGGGCACUAGGAGACGAAGAUCAAUACAACACUCAUUUUAGACUAGCUAAUCAAACGGAUGCUGCGCUAGGCUUAAAUUGCGGAGCGUGUGGGGAGUUGCUUGGACUUCGUCCAGAAAACUUGGAAGCUCUACCCUGUGCACACAUUCUUCAUGCAAGAUGUGCCUAUGAAAUUUUGCGACGGCGGGAGAAAAAUGCCCCGCGAUCAUGCCCCGCCUGCAACAAACUGAUCAGCUCACGCACACAUCUCUGCGGCAGCGUUCCGGUUGAAAGUGAAAGCACCAACAGAGGCGGCACAGCUUCUACCUUCAAUACGAAUUCUUUGUCGGUCGACGGCCUCCUAGGGAUAAACUCCGACAUCCUUUUACCUUCGGCUGCGUUUUGCUACGUUCAGAAUCCAGCUCUAGAUACUGAAAACAGCGCUCUCCUGUCUCCCAAAGUCAUUUACCACAGCAACUUAUCAUUGGCAUCGCUAAGUAUGCGUGCGUCUAGCCUGACAAUCGAUAGCGGCCAAAAUGUGACGUCAUCUGUGUGAAAGAAACAACUCCACUUUGAGCACCUAAAAGUUGGACGAUCGUGUUAUCGUGCUGGAAUAUCUGGAACGAUACGGAUUUUAUCGCUUGUUAUUAUAGAUAGAUAGUUUUUCUUUUGAAUUAUAGAUUACUGCAUUUUAAAUGCUCACAGAAGUUUUUGAUUUAGUUCUAAGCCUGUUGCGAACAAUUGAGACACAAGCAUUUGAACUACAGCUUAUGUUUAGAUCCUAACUUGUUUCUCUACUACAGUACCUUAUCCAAACAAGUAUUGUAUACAAGUAUACUUGUCACGUAUUGUGUAUUGUCGUAGGCUAAAAUUAGUUCGCAGUUACAUGCUAGAUUGAUCUUACAUUUAGAGUAUGAAUGUGCACACACAAAAGUUGUUUAAAUAAAUCGUUACUAUGUGUUACUAACACCCAUUAAUACAAA